CCCUGGAGCUUUGGGAGCCAAUAGGAGCCCGAGAAUCGGUGUCCGUGUCGGCGUGCUGGGAAGGGCGUGUUGUCUCUACUUAAAGCAGAGGCGUUGCACACAUGACGCAGACGCAAUAUUUGUUUUACCUGCUAAGGACGCCGCGCACUUCUGCACCAGAACUCUACCAAAAUGAGCAACCAAUGUCCAGUCAGCAAGGAGGUGAAGACGUUUAAAAGAAGUAGUCUGAAGAGGACCGAAGUGCAAGAGAAGAAUCCCCUUCCAACUACUCAGGUAAUUGAUGAUGAGAAGAUCGCCAUCAAAGAGAAAUCUAUGAAAGUGCCCCUCAACAACGAGUUGGAGGACUUUAGCCCAGACAAGCUGAAGAAGACUGAAACGCAGGAGAAAAACCCUCUUCCAACUGUAGACGUAAUAAAUGAUGAGAAGAUCGCCAUCAAAGAGAAAUCUAUGAAAGUGCCACUCAACAGUGAGUUGGAGGAAUUCAGCCCGAACAUGCUGAAGAAGACUGAAACCCACGAGAAAAACCCUCUUCCAACUGUAGACGUAAUUAAGGAAGAGAAGAUAGCCAUCGAAGAGAAAUGUAUGAAAGAGCCACUCAACAGUGAGUUGGAGGAGUUUAACGCGCAGAAGCUCAAGAAGACUCAAACUAAAGAGAAGAACCCUCUUCCAACUGCAAAGGAAAUUGAAGCUGAGAAGAAAGCCCAGAAACAGAAGUAACCCAAAACCCAACCGCCAUGAUUCCGCUCCUUCUGUCCUGCCCUGUUACGUGCUCUUCCUCUGAUUCCCCGGCUUGUCCGGCAUCUCCGCCUGUGUUCUGUGUCGCAAAGUUUGAUUACAAAUGGUGUUUGGACUGAUGCUGCGGGGAAAGAUGUGUCUGUAAUCGCAUGUAGUUGCCGUUUUAGAAAGGGGAGAACUGAGCAAUUAUUAUUCUUUCAAAUUGAGUUAUUGUGUUGACGCAAAAGUCAUGAAAUAUAACAUUGGUAACAAAACCAUGAAAAUGCUUGUAAAUGUUAUGACAAUAACACUUUUUUUUCACCUAAUAAAAAUAGAUGUAUCCUA